AUGAACAAGGAAUGUAGUGCCCUCAUCAAGAAGGACGUGCUCCUAAAGAAAAAAGAUACAGGGAGCUUUCAUAUUCCCUAUGUCAUAGGUGAAACAAAAAUUGACAAAGGAUUUUGUGAUCUAAGAGCUAGCAUAAAUAUGAUGCCUCUAUCUCUUAUGAAGAAGUUGCAAAUCAAUGAGCUAAGAUCCACAGAUGUAAUUAUACAAUUGGCUGAUAAAACUCAAAAGCAGGCUGAAGAAGUAGUCAAAAAUGGGUUGGUGAAAGUGGGAAAUUAUUUCCUUCCCACAGACUUUGUUGUUCUGGACAUAGAGGAAAGUUACCUCCACCCCAUUAUUCUGGGGAGACCAUUUAUAGCCACUGCUAGAGCACUUAUAGAUGUGGAACAAGGAGAGUUAAUCCUGAGAAUACAUGAUGAAUAUCUCACCUUUCAUGUUUUCAAACCUACAUCUAAAUCUGAGUCAGAACCUAAUGAGUCAAAGGAUGAUUACAGCAAAAUGUACUUGGAGGAAAGCAACAGGGAAUCAGUAGCUGAACCCCUGAAACAGUCCUUGAUGAAUAAGCAAGAAUUUCAAGAGAAGUAG